AUGGAAAGUCGUCGUUCGGCCACUCUCGGUGUAUCAAUCACUUUAUUCGUCAUCGCUAGUAUCUUUGUCGCUCUGCGCUUCAUCUCACGUGUUUUUGUUGUGAGAAGAGUUGGACUACAAGAUUAUUUGAUGCUUCUUGCAUGGGGCGCCACCCGACUCAACUGGAAUUUACCCCGGCAUUUCUCAAUUACUCAAAUUGACUGGUCACAGGUCAUUGAUUUCGGUUUUUCAUUUUCGCUUUUCUUUGCGACCAAAUAUGGACUCGGACUUCACUCAUACGAUAUCCUGCCUGAAAACGCCAUUGCUCUCAGCAAGGCCAAUUAUGCCUUCACCGUUCUAUACAAUCCGGCUCUCAUGGCUGUCAAAACGUCAAUUCUCGUUUUCUAUCUGACCUUAACCCGAAAUCAGAAGUGCUUUCGAUGGGCCAACUAUGUCACGAUAGCAGUUGUGAACGUGGCGGGAUUCUCUUUGACAAUGAUCAAUGUCUUUCAAUGUCGACCAAUCUCAGCCUCGUUUCUCGCUAGUGCCCACCCUCACGCACAUUGCAUCGAUAUAUUGACGCUCUAUCUCUCCUCGUCCCCUGUCAACAUCGUCACUGAUUUGGCUAUCCUUUUCCUACCAAUGCCUCUCUUGACGGAAAUGCGCCUUCCCAGAAAACAGAAAAUUAUCCUGGUCGUCACUUUCAGUUUUGGGUUCUUUGUUGCUGUGGUUGACGUGAUUCGAAUCGCUUAUCUCCAAGACGCUUCCACUAAUCGCCAACUAGCCGUGAAGGACAUUCAUAUCCAAAGUCUUGGCGACUCAGACUUCAGCUGGUAUGCGUCGCUCUCCUUCAUGUGGUCGGUCGUCGAGGUCAAUGUCUCGAUAAUGUGCGGUUGUGUGCCGAGCCUCAAGCCACUCUUUGCUCGCCUGUUACCGCAAAUGAUCAAGGAUUCUGACGAUGUCUAUCGCACGAAUGUAACUCGAUAUUAUUCCGCGACACAGACCCAGGUUUUGCCUUCGCCAGCUUUGAUGCCAGACUCCGACGGGUCCACUCCAUCGAUGUUACCUGGGGACAGCGCCAGAAGCAAAGGAUCCCAAGCUAGAAAUAACGAUGCUCGACGUACUGAUAAUGAACUUAUUGACAUGUUUGAUUUCCUCGGCCGCCCAGGAACGAAUCCCAUAGAUACCGAGGCCAACACCCAUACCACUACAUCAUAUCCAACUGAUGUCCCCUUUUUCGAUUUUGUCAACAUGAAAACCCCAGACAGCAUGCUCAAGCUCAGCAACAGAGAGUCGAUCGCACCAAUUUCCCUCGCUACUCUUCUCUUCUUCCUCUUGGGAUUUGCAUAUGGCUUGCUGGACGUACUUAACCAGCAGUUUCAAAGCAUCGUUAAUCUUGACUCGUGGCACUCUAUGGGACUUCAUGGCGCAUACUUCGGUGGGUAUCUUCUUGGACCACUCCUAGUUGGUCGACCCGUACUAAAGGCCUGGGGGUUUAAAUACACCUUUAUCACCGGGCUAUGCUUCUAUGCUUGUGGAACACUGGUAUUCUGGCCAUCCGCUGUGCUCACCUCGAUGGUCGCAUUCACGGUGUCUAAUUUCCUCGUCGGUUUCGGGCUCGCCAUUUUGGAGACAGCGGCAAAUCCUUUCAUCGCACUUUGUGGACCCCUUGAGAACUCUGAGAUCCGACUCAAUAUCUCGCAAGGUGUGCAGGCUAUUGGCAGCGUUGUGUCUCCACUUCUCGCCAAGAAGGUUCUUUUCAAAAGUGUGAAGACCGUCUCGUCAUUGGUAGAUGUUCAAUGGACCUAUCUCGGAAUCUCUCUUUUCGAUGCGCUUUUAGCGAUGGUUUUCUACUACUUGCCUAUUCCUGAAGCGUCGGACGAAGAUCUAGAGGAGCUGGCAAACAGGCGCCAGAAAGACAACAAAGCCAAAGUAGCCGGGAUCCCCGUGAUCUGGCUCACCCUGGGACUGGGCAUCUGGUCGCAGCUUUUCUAUGUAGCUGGGCAAGAAGUCCUUUCAAGUGCCCUGGAAUCUUUCGCGGCAGCAGCGCACCCCGAUUCUUCUCUGGGACCAUUUGAAUUCUUGACCAUUGGCCACAGUGUAUUUGCCGUUGGUCGUUUCAUCACCGCCUUCACCCAGUGCUUUCUGAAGCCGCGUUGGAUUUUGCUGUUAGCUUACAUCGGAUUGAUCGUCUUCUCAGUGCUGUGCAUGAAUACCACCGGAUCGGCUGCCAUCAUCAUGGCCAUGAUGGUCUACCUGUUCGAAAGCGGUGUUUUCAGCACUAUCUUCGCUAUCUCCCUGCGUGGAACAGGAAAACAUACCAAGACAGCUGCUGUCUGUCUCAGCAUGAGUAUAAGCGGUGGGGUCUAUUUCCCUUUCGCCCAGUACGCUGCAUACCUAUCACGAGGAGAAUCGUACUCAAUGUGUGUGUUGGUGGCUGUCUUCGCAGCCGGAUCCAUCUUCCCCCUCUACCUUAACCUGGUGCCUGCCGCGAAGAAACAGGUUGACCCAGUACCGAACGAGUACCUUCGUCGCCCUCGCCGCCGGAGUUGCGCAGUGGUCGAACAUCCAUCUGUUUUCAUCGAAAAGGCAAAUCCUUCCAACGGGGGCGUUCUAUCGCGCCGACGAAGUCUCUCAAACCCAGAUGAUCUGCCUGACUUUCAAAUCCCCGGCGAACCUCCGCCAUCUCGCAGAUCUCACAGCUUCAGAUCCAACUCUAGCUCUCAUUCUCAGAACCCCUCCAAAAAAAGAUGCUCUGUCAUUACGGAAUGA